CAGAAGUAUUUCUGCUUCAGGAUGAUUCGUCUCUGGCUCUGGGGGUCCAGGGGUCUCUGGGUUGCUUUGAUAGUCUUCGUGACCAUUGGAUUAGUACUCCAGAUUUGGCAAUGGCCCUUCCAGAGGAGGCCUCCUGGGCUACAUUUUCCCCAACUGUGGGCCUCUACCUCUGGCUCCCCUGGCUCUUCUUUGGCCCCCUCCUGCCAUCCUCAGCAGCAGCUUGUAUUCCUGAAGACACAUAAGUCUGGGAGCAGUUCUGUACUAAGCCUUCUCCAUCAGUAUGGGGACCGGCACAGCCUACGCUUUGCCCUUCCUGUCCGUUACCAGUUUGGGUACCCAAAGUCCUUCCAGGCUACUUCAGUAAAAGGCUACCAUCCUCAUGGUGGGGGACCCCAGCCUGCCUUCCACAUCCUCUGUCACCACAUGAGGUUUAACCUACCAGAGGUACUCCGGGUCAUGCCCCCUGACAGUUUCUUCUUCUCCAUUGUCCGAGAUCCUGCAGCACUGGCAAUUUCUGCCUUCUCCUACUACAAAUCUGUAUCAUCUGCUUUCCGUGCAGCACCAUCUCUGGCUGCCUUCCUGGCUUCACCACGAGCCUUCUACCGGCCAGGGGGCCGUGGAGACCACUAUGCCCGGAACUUGCUCUGGUUUGAUUUUGGCCUCCCUCUUCCCCGAGAAAUAAGGGCACUGAAGAGGCAUCCCAAACCACUCAAAAGAACCAAGUCCUCAGACAUACAUAUUUGGCCAUCUAGCUCUGUCUCCCAACCCUCAAAACUUGAUCCCAACUCCCUCUUCAAAUCUCCUUCCCAUCCUACAUCCCGUGUCCAAGCAGCUGACCACUCCAUGUCCCUCAGUCCUACUUCUAUAACAGAUUCAGUAUCUUCAUCCUUAAUCCAAUGGGCUCUGGCCUGGCUGGACUCAACCUUUGACCUGGUCUUGGUGGCAGAAUACUUUGAUGAGUCACUGGUGCUUCUGGCAGACGCCCUGUGCUGGGGGCUGGAUGAUGUAGUAGGCUUUGUACACAAUGCCCAGGCAACUGGUAUGAAGAAUGUCAAAGGUCAUAAGGGGGUCAAAGAUCAUGGUGGAAUCAACGAUAAACAAUUGGUUGCUCGGGCUAGAGCUUGGAACAACCUAGACUGGGCUCUCUAUGUCCACUUCAAUCAUAGCCUAUGGAACCGUGCAGACCGUUAUGGAAGGGUGAGGCUUGCUUCAGCAGUAGCCAAACUUCGGGCCCGAAGGUCAGCAUUGGCAUCCCACUGCCUUUUGGGGGGAGGAGCUGUGGACCCUAGUCAAAUAGCUAACCUCCAGCUUCGUCCUUUCCAGUUCGGGGCCCGGGGGGUUCUGGGCUAUGUACUGAAAAAGGGACUGAGCCCCCAAGACCACGAAGAGUGUGAGCGCCUUGCCACUCCAGAGUUGCAGUAUAAAGACAAGCUGGAUGCCAAGCAAUUUCCCAAAACUGUUCAGUCUCCUUCCCACCUUCCUAAUGCCACAAGCCCAGGCCCCAAGGGCAGCUGAGACUGGAAAGGAGAU